AUUGUUUACAAAAAACUGGAUUCCUUCUCUUUUUUCAAUUUGGGGGAAAUCGAAUCGAACCUCUCCAAUUUCCUCAGGUCCACCCUUGGAGCUUGAUCAGCUUGUGAUAUUCGUCAAUUUGGUUUUUUAUCUUUCGAUUUCCUCUUAAAGGGUUCCGCAUGCGAAGGGUCGAUAUGAGCAAGGGGCGGCCCCCUGAGCCCUUGGAUUUCUUCAUCUGGACUGUUGAGGAUGUUGGUUUGUGGCUGGAAGAAAUAAAUCUUGGUAGUUACCGCCAGGUUUUUGAAGAUAAUGGUGUCAAUGGAGAAUACUUGGAGAGCUUAUCCAUGUUCACAACAGAACAAAUCCUUCGGUUUAUAAGGCGAUGCCACAUGAAGUGGGGGGAUUUUAUCACUCUUUGCAAGGAGCUAAGACGCAUCAAAGUUGCAUGCCUGAAAGGGGAGCAAGAAGUUCGCAGGCCUUGGUGGGCCCCCUCGUGUUUGUCGGUGGUGUUUGUAAGGGUUGCCAAGCGUAAUAGGCAAUCGCGGGUCGUCUCCUUGAAGCUGGAACCCUGAUUCCUCUUUUAAGGGCGAUAAAAAUGAUAAUGUACCUAUUUCAAGAUUCCUCUUUUUCCUUUAUUCAUUCCUUUUAAAAUAUUUAAUGCGAAAACUUGUAGAAUUGCCAAGUUGAUGUUUGCUAUAGGAUAUAUGGGAUGGUUAUAUGUUUUCAGAAAGCGGGUUGCUUGUGAUGUAUCCAGAUUCCAUGUUUUGUCCUUUUGUUUUUCUUAUUGUCGUUUUGCUGUAUCUGUUUGCUCUUUUGUAAAUGAGAUACGAAGUUAGGAGUGUAGCUGGAUUAUCACAAAACCUUUUUGAUA